CGGAGUUAGCAACACCGACUUUGCCGACCAACAUCCAACAUUACGCUCUACUGCUUCCUCUUAGCUACUGGUACUGCUUUCUGUAUCAACUAAAAGGCCACUAAGAAGUCAAAGCGACGUUAUAUUUGAACAUAUUGAUUUUAAAAGGGUAGAGAAGCAGCGCAGAGCUCGUCGGAUAGCCUAGCCAAACUCUCUGUCACAGACUGCUGUGUUUUAGUGUCCGGAAGUUCGGAGGGGAAAAAAGUGAGAAAGGCAUGAAAAAAAGGAGCUGGAAGAAACUUCUGACCAACUCUUUUCUCCGAGCCCAUUGAAACACUGUUUUCUUCGUAAAUCUUACCGAGGGGACGGUUAACGCGACUAACUUUAGUUCUCUAAUAAUUAGCUUUGUGCAUUAAUUUAUCAAUGGGUCUGCCGACGCUGGAGUUUAGUGAUUCUUUCCUGGACAGUCCGGAGUUCAGAGAGCGGCUGCAGUGCCAUGAGAUAGAGCUGGAGCGAACCAACAGGUUUAUAAAAGACCUCAUCAAAGAUGGAAACAUGCUCGUAUCUGCCCUCAGAAGUCUUUCUCUUGCUGUUCAGCGGUUCUCUCAGUCUCUGCAGGAGUUUCAGUUUGAAUGUAUUGGAGACGCUGAGACUGAUGAUGAGAUCAGUAUAGCUCAAUCCUUAAAGGAGUUCUCUCAACUCUUGAGCACCAUGGAAGAGGAGAGAAAACGACUGAUCCAGAACGCUGAUGACGUCUUGAUCUCACCGCUCGAGAGGUUUCGUAAGGAGCAGAUUGGAGCUGUUAAGGAAGGAAAGAAGCAGUUUGACAAGGAGACAGAAAGAUACUACUCAGUUCUGGAGAAACACCUCAGCCUGUCCUCCAAAAAGAAGGAAUCACAGCUACACGAGGCUGAUUCACAGAUGAGUAAGGACAGGCAGGUUUUUUAUGAUGCAUCGCUGCAGUAUGUCUUCAAGAUCCAAGAAGUGCAGGAGAGAAAGAAGUUUGAAUUUGUGGAGCCGUUAUUAGCCUUCCUGCAGGGUUUGUUUACGUUCUACCAUGAAGGCUACGAGCUGGCCAGUGAGUUUGAACCCUACAAGCAAGAACUGCAGUUCAACCUGCAGAAUGCUCGCAAUAACUUUGAAAGUACGCGUGCUGAGGUUGAGAGGCUGAUGAAGAGGAUCCGGUCUGCAGAAGAAGACUUCAAAGCCCCCAGUUGCUUUACCAUGGAGGGAUAUCUGUAUAUACAGGAGAAACGUCCAUUGGGCAGUGUGUGGACCAGAUACUACUGUACUUAUGAGAAAAGCUCCAAGAUGUUCACCAUGAGCAACACAGACGCCAGACCAGCCAGCAGACAGAACGGCGUGGUGAAUGGGACACCUGAGAUGUUAAAGCUGCGCUCAUGCGUCAGAAGGAAGACGGAAUCAAUCGACAAACGCUUCUGUUUUGACAUCGAGGUGGUGGAGAGACAUGGCGUCAUCACCCUGCAAGCGCUCUGUGAGGCCAACAGGCGGCUGUGGAUGGAGGCAAUGGAUGGAAAAGAACCUAUUUACACUCUGCCUUCUUUGCUCAGUAAAAAGGAGGAGACAUUUCUCAAUGAGGCAGGCUUCAACUUUGUUAAGAAGUGCAUUGAGCUGGUUGAAACAAGAGGUAUCACCACCCUGGGACUGUACAGGACUGGAGGAGUCAACUCCAAAGUGCAGCGGUUGAUGACGAGUGUGUUUGCAUCAACAGCUCCCUCUGACAUGCAGCUGGACGCAGACGCCUGGGACAACAAGACCAUCACCAGCGGCCUAAAGAAUUAUUUUAGGUGUCUGGCAGAACCCGUACUGACCUUCAGACUGCAUAAAGAGUUCAUCAAGGCUGCAAAAUAUGAUGACCAGAAGUAUAGAGUGAGAGCCAUUCAUGCUCUUGUACAUAAACUACCAGAAAAAAACAGAGCAACGUUGGACGUCUUAACCAACCACCUCCUCAAGGUGUCCUCACACAGUGACCAGAACCUGAUGACUGUGUCUAACCUGGGAAUGAUCUUCGGCCCCACGUUGAUGAGGUCGCAGGAGGAGACGGUGGCCGCCAUGAUGAACAUCAAGUUUCAGAACAUUGUGGUGGAGAUUAUCAUCGAAAACCACAACAAGAUUUUUGGCGAGGCCCCAGACCUUUCGUUGCCGUUACCUCAGGCGGCGUCCUCUCGGUCGACUCCUCGGAGGAACAAGGCCAUCUGUCUGUCAUCUGGAAAGAGGAAGGCCCGUCUCUACCCUCCGGCUCUCUGCCUGGCAGACAACGAUAGUGACACCUUCAGCAGCAGCCCCAGCACGACUCCGAUGGGCAGCCAGGAGUCUCUGUCCUCACAUUCCUCUGAGAAGAACGGAUUGUCUCAGACCUCUCCUCUGUCCUCUCCUGCCGCUGAGCCCAGCUCGUCCCCCACCGCACCGGUGUCUCCUCCUGCGGCUUCUUCCUGCUCCCCCUCCCACAAUUCCUCAAACGGGAAGGAUCAGAAACCCCCGACAGACAGCACCGCCUCCCCUCACCUCACUCCUUCCUCUUCCUGGACUUCCUCCCAGCUCACUUCGACCCAGCAGACUUCCUCUGUGUCCUCCUCCAAAUCCUCUUUGCCCUCCAAAGAGAGAAGUCUGUCUGUCCAAGGAAACUCGACUGCCUCCUUAUCAUCUGUAAAAGAGUCAAGAUCUCCUUCCAUAGCCUCUUCAUCCACUGCCUCCAUCCAGCCCUCUCCAGUGGAGCGCGCCUCCUCCCUCAGGGAGGGUCCACCUGUUCAGAGAGUGUCUUCUGUCUCCUCUCUGAAGAGCAUUCAUUCAGUGGAUCAAAGAAAUGCAUCCAGCGCCUGCUCCACUGUCGCAGAGACGAGAGUGAUGGACUCUACCGCUCCUUCUCGGCAGCACAGAAAACCUUACAGGACUGCCUCCUCCUCCUCUUCUUCCUCCUCGUCAUUAUUCCCCUACCAGCUUUCCACAUCUUCCUCUCUCACCUCCCUACACAUCUCUGAGGAUUACAAAAGUUGUCACGGAUCGGUACAAAGUCUCAUGUCGCUGGACCCACACGAGGCAACACACAAACGUAAACCUGCACACAUUCGCUGUGGCUCGGAUCUGAUCACCAAAUACUCUGCAGCCGCCGCAUCCAGCAACGGCUACCAGAGGCCCGGAUCAGUAUUAUCAGUCAGACUACCGCAGCGUGAGAGUUCAGUAUUCUCCUCAGCAUUAGACAUUUGUUCCUCAGGAAGGGAUGCAAAAGCUCUUUACUCCUGUGAGGCAGAGCACAGCCAUGAGCUCAGUUUCCCACAGGGGGCACUGUUCUCAAAUGUGUACCCGUCUGUGGAACCAGGUUGGCUUCAGGCGACUUACAAAGGCAGAACAGGCCUCAUACCUGAUAACUACAUCACGUACAUGUGACAGACCUGAUGAUGUCAUCAGCACAUCACCGAAUAACGAUCUAAUGCAGUAAUACUCUGUGCUGCUGAUUAAAGAUAUAAUAUAUUCAUCAUGUAACUGUGACUGUUACUGAACUACUGUGCUGGAUAUGAAUGAUGCAUGUACUGAAUGUAUAUCUGACUACUGUAUGUGAACCAUGUUAGGUGUUAUUAACCAUUUUAUAAUACAGUCGAUGGUAAAAUCUGACUUUUCCUCCCUUCAUACAUGACAGUGUCGCUUAAUCAACGUGACCUCUUAUAUGUUCGCGUUUAACACUACAUACACGAAAUGUGUCUGUAAGGUACGUACGUAGAAACAGUAUUUUUCUAUCAAUCCUGGUAAUUGUUGUGUAAAUGAUCAUAUUAAUGUUAUCGCUGUGUGUCCUUCAAUCAUUUGUUCUCACCUCAGUGCCUAAAACAGUAUGAACUUGUUUACGACUAAAUCCUGACAUUUCUUCUACUGCGUGUCAUUCUUCAUGCUGUCAAAAUAAAAGACAAAUACUUUACCUAAAAAAUGCCAGUUUGUAUUUGUAGAUUUAUUAGUUUGUAGUUUAUUACUAUUUAGUGUGUUUAUUAUGCAUUUUCCUCAAAAAAUGUUUUUCAGUUUUCAUUAGAGAUAUCUGUGCAAAACAAACUUGAAUUAUUUAAUCAAUGUUUUUAUUCCAAUUAUGACCGUUCGCACUCUGUAAGUUUUGACAAGAUGGUGACUUUUUUGUACUUUUAAUUGCAGGUAAAAGAAAAAUGAUCUGCACAUUUUAUGUACUCGUAUCACUCAAUGUUUUAAAUGUGCAUGUGUGCGAAUGUUGGUGUCAUAAUGUUCGCUUUAAGAGAUGUGCUCCCUACAACUGUACUUUGUGUGCAUUAUAAACAUAUAAAUGACUCAUAAUCAUGCAAUCCACAAGCUACAUUUUAAUUUUAUAUUCACAUACAUACAUUC